CCGCGAAAGUAGGGACAAAGCUACCAACACAGCCAUCAAUUCGGCCAGACCUGAUAAAAGACUUCUAGCAACAAGGGUUCCAAGUUUCGAUAAAUACAUAUAUCUAUCCUUUAUACAAUCACUUAUCGACUGCUCUCCUCUCGGUCCAACGGAUAUCCUAUAAUCGGCAUUUUGAACACUGAUUUCGUCAAUCUCUGAUCCCUCAUUUGCCCUGCAUGGCUUCCAAAGGCACCAAGAAAAAUAUCGACGACAAGGGGAAACAUCUUUCUAUUGACUCUCAGCAAAGAAAUAGUUGGCACACCAACCCAUACCCGUGCACCGCUCCGAGAUGCAUCGAGGUCGUCAAACUCGUUGGCCAGUUCAUGGACUUGCCCAUGGACUACAAGGUUCCCGACGAGACAACGUACGGGUUCUACGCCGCCGUGAUCGGGGAGCUGAAAGCCCAGUAUGCGGAGAUGGCGGCCAACUCGGGAGACCUGAAGCAGAAGCUCUCCGACAUGUUCAAGGAGUGGCAAGAUCAAGGAGAGACUUCCCCCAUGAAUGAGGAGGUCGUCAAAGCCGUCGCAAAGAUGAAGAUCUUCAUGGCCGCUUGGACAAAGACAGUCGACGAGAUUGAUACGCUGAAAUCUGUUCAUGAGUCUUUGGCAAAGCCCUCAAAUCCCCGAAAAGCAGCGAAGGGCGGGAAAUAGGUCUGUUGUGUGCGGUAUGGUCUAGUCCGGGCAGCUAAAGAACCAGAUUAGCACGGGUUUCACGACAAGGGCAUGAACUAGACGUCAUCGGACCUAGCCAUCUAGAAAUGGCUUCCUCUUGUUUCGUACUUGAUGAUAAUUUCAAGAUCUGCCGUCAAUACACAAACCCAAUGGACUGGCUCUUCCAUAUCACAUCAUUUUCCACUCACCCGCAGCACCACGCGAUACACUUCGUCCUGUUUCUUCUAACAGCCGUUCGUCCUGCCGAAGAAAGUCAACCGCCCCCGCAAGAAGCAGUCGGAAAAUGGAGGCGGAGAAGCUCCGCGAGGAUGCGGC